AUGGGCUCUCUCGAGGGCUAUUCAAUCCGCCAAGAGGCUGCGCGUAUCUUCCACGAGGUGCUUCUUCGGGACGGUAGGCUGCAGAUACCUGCCGAAGUGGCAUUGAUCGCUCAAAAGACAUCCUUUGACGACACCGACACCAUGGACACGCCGUAUCUGCCCGUGCCAUACAAGUUCACCGAGUCUAGCGCCGCUCUCUGGGCGUUGGCUGCAACUUUUGGAAACCUCAUUGCUCAAGAUCGUUUCGGCGUUGAGCAAGGCGUCCGCGUCAAUACAGACGUGGCAAGCCUGUUCCUAAUGUCGGCGGGCUUAGCCAAAGUCGACGGCAAGGGUCUCAACGAUCCAUCAAUUGCUUCAAGAUACCUAAGAUAUGAUCUCGGCCGCUCUUUCGAUCCAUAUCGGCGGCUGUGCACAAACGUGUACCGUACGCGUGACCGUCGCUUCUUCCAUCUCCACGGUAGCAUGAAUGCGGACAAGUCCCUCACAAUGGUGAACCUGCCCUUGGAAAGGGAGAGCAUAGGGACUUACGCAGAUUUUGUCUUCACCUACGCCUUACGCAUGAUCGAACUGGAUUCCGACUGGCUUGAUGUAGAAGCUAAUCUCCACUGGCGUCAGGCAGGGACUGUUUGUCUUACCGAAGACGAGUUCAGGGCGAGCCCUCAGGGCCAGGCCAUUCGCGACGAUAGUAUCUACACUAUUACGCCCUUUGAUCAGGACACAAUUCCACCUGUUCCAUACCCUGAGGUCAAUGGCCCCGGCUUCAGGCCUCUUGAAGGUCUCAGAGUCCUGGAUAUUUCCCGUGUCAUAGCCGCUCCUACUAUAGGCAAGUUAGCAGCCUUGUUCGGUGCCACCGUCAUCCGCGUUUCUUGCACUUCCCAGCCCGACAUGGGCCCUAUCCUCCUCGAGGGUAACCUAGGCAAGAGAGAUGUGUCGAUCGAUCUCAAGUCAAGAGAAGGUCGCAAAACGCUGUGUGAUCUGCUUGAAACCACUGACGUUGUGAUUGACGGAUAUCGUCCAGGCGCUCUGGAACGUCUCGGCUUUGGCGACGCUUACCUUCGCACCAUUGCAAAGCGUCGCGGCAAAGGCAUUGUGGUCAUCCGUGAGAACUGCUAUGGCUGGAAGGGCCCAUGGGCUACAAGGUCUGGGUGGCAGCGGAUCUCGGAUUGCUUCACGGGCGUGGCUUGGGGCAUGGGGGAGUUUCUUGGUCUGAAUGAACCUGUGGUGCCUCUUCUCCCCAAAUCAGACUACCAGACUGGCCUUGCAGGGAUUAUCGGUAUCCUAUCUGCAAUCCAUCAAAGAUCAAAGAUAGGUGGAAGUUACAACGUUGAUGUAUCUCUGACCCAAUUUAACCAGUUUCUCUUGGGGCUCGGAAAGCAUUCCGCCCAGGUGCAGCAACACUUGAAGAACCUGCACCCGGAUUUGAACGUUCGACACUACGACGACAUGUUGAGUCUUACUGAGAAGUUUAUGCGCACGGCAUACGGCAACACACCACGGCUAUUCAACUCAAAAUACUUCGAUGAGACCCCGAGUCGCUUUAAUGGCCUUGAAGGCCAGACAGAAACACUGACAUAUGUGGGCCCUGCUGCGACUUACGAUGUCACCAAACUCCAUUAUGAUAUUGGUAGUUGUUUUUUGGACACAUAUCCUCCUGAAUGGCCGGCCGAUGCAUUCGAGCGCAAAUAG